UCCCUGCCUUGGGGUUGAGCCAAGUUGAGCUGGAGUUUGGCCGUUGGUGUGUUUGCAGCUCGAUGGCAGUGCUGAGGAAGCUCCUUUGUGUGGCUGCUCCGCUCUGUGCGGGCGGCAGAGCUGGGAUCACAAACCCUCUGCUCAGCUCAACCAUCAAGUCCAUCUAUUUACCCCAGGCGAGGAGUGCUCUGUUUCCUGUGCCCAGGAGAUCGUGUUCCUCAGUCCCUCAGGCUCCCCAAAUCCAAAUCCACCGUUUGCAAGGAGCCAGCUCGGGAAUUGCUGCGAUUUUACUGCGCAGGCCUCACGCAAGAAAUUCCCUGGGAAAUACACUAGUGAAGCAGCUCAGAGAAGCUGUUGAAGACCUACGCCAUGACAAAAGUGUGCGGGUGGUGCUGUUUAAAAGCGAGGUCAAAGGAGUCUUUUGCGCAGGCGCUGACCUGAAGGAAAGGGCUAAAAUGAGCAAUCCCGAGGCUGCCCAUUUUGUUCACAAGCUACGAAGUCUGAUGAAUGAUAUAGCUUCCCUCCCCAUGCCCACCAUUGCUGCUGUAGAUGGGUUUGCCCUUGGUGGAGGCCUGGAGCUGGCGAUGGCUUGCGAUCUUCGCAUUGCAGCUUCUUCGGCGAUGAUGGGUCUUAUCGAAGUCACCAGAGGUCUUCUUCCUGGGGCUGGUGGCAGCCAGCGUCUGCCUCGCAUUGUGGGGAUCGGCCUGGCCAAGGAGCUUAUCUUCACUGGUCGACGGAUAAAUGGGGAACAAGCGCUAACCAUCGGACUAGUCAACGACGCCGUCACCCAAAAUGAUUCUGGGGAUGCAGCUUAUCAAAGGGCUAUGGAUUUGUCUAAGGAAAUACUGUCCCAGGGCCCCGUAGCUCUAAGGAUGGCAAAGCUAGCGAUAAACAGAGGCAUCGAGGUGGAUAUUUUAUCUGGAAUGGCAAUCGAAGAAAUGUGUUACGCUCAGGUCAUUCCCACAAAAGACCGACAGGAGGGAAUGACAGCGUUUAUAGAGAAACGAGCACCGCACUUUACUGGGGAGUAACAAAUCACUGCUGAUCUCAACACCUACCCUUUGGGAAAAUGGACAUCAACCCCCGUGUGGCUGCUGAACUUCUGACUCUCUUCUGUGUGUUUUUUUUUUAAAUCGUCCAAAUAAGAGUCGCAAAGGAUUCAUAACUCACAAAGCCCUGGGUGUCUCGAGUUUGAAGGUCAGAAUUCACAUAGGUCAGAGCGGAGUUGGGGUUCAAGUGAAAUUCCAGAGGAUUAGUUAUGGAUCCUUUUCAGAAUAUUUGCACUUUGCAGCACAAUCUCAUGAUUUUUGACAAAUCUAUUAAUUAACAUUGCACUUAUGUUCAGCUACAAGUCAUCUGAAGGAUAGAUGAAGCAUUUGAUGAAACACCUGAUCACAGCACCGAAAUGUCUUAAAGACCUUGACAGAAUCUGAUUGUAGAAUUUCAUUUAGUUACACUUCUUGGAGGGAAAUUGUCCUUUAAACGAUGGGCACAAACCAUCUUUAGUUCCAAAGAAUUAUUUGACUUUCUAUGUAAAAAAAAUGUAUUUUUAUAAUAAUGCUUGCAUUUGUUAUAGCGCCUUAUCACGUCGUUGGGACAUGUCAAAGCGCUUCACAGGAUAUACUGUAAAAUGGGUUGACCGUGGAUUUUGUGGGGGAAAUGUGGCAGUCAACUGCGCACAGCGGGGCAUUGGGUACAUGUUCAGUUGCAAUCUUACUCAAAAGACUAUACUCAAUGAGAAAAACUCUGCAACAAUCAUUUCAAAAGCAGUAGAUACAUUAGAAUGCUUACCUUCCAUUACUUACUUGAGGUCCAUUUGCAUAAACCUCAGGCACUGGCAGCAUCACCAUCCACAGAUUCACAUUCCACCUCACUGAGCCAGUCCUGAAACUUGGCGUCGUCUUGUUUGACCCUCGACUGUCCUUUCUACCCACAUCUGUGCCAUGACCUGCUCUGUCCUUCCCCCACCUCCAAAGCAUUGCCCUCCUCCACCACUGCCUCUUCCCUCAAGCUGGCAAAACCCUCUUCCACACAUUUAUUACAUUUAAGCUUGACUACUCGUGACGUGAAAGGUGCUAUACAAACGUAAUUUGUUGUUGUGUAAACAUUCACUUUGUUGUGUUUUUCAGCCUCAGUGCAAAUGACUGUUUGUGAAUAGAGAUUUUUUUCUGUGAGAAUAAAAAUAAAAGUUGAGACCAGCCAUUAUACUGUA